GGAUCUUGCCUCACCAAAUAAAAGAGGCCUCCACUUCACGCCAAAUCCCGCGUGACACACAAUGAUUUCUCUCUCUUGCGCGUUAAACCGCGUGAUCUGCCCAUAUAAAUACCACAACCGACCCACUACAUUAAAAAAAAAAAAAAAAAAAAAAAAAAUCUCUUCCGUUUCCCUUUCUUCGCCUUUUCCCUUCCAAUCUGUCUCCGCAAAUGGCCAAAACUCCAAGCGAUUCCAAACAGCCGACAGUUUCAGCAGCGGAGAUGGACGAAGUCGAGAAGGUUUUCCGUAAAUUUGACGCCAAUGGCGACGGAAAAAUCUCUCUAUCGGAGCUAGGCGCGAUUCUGAAUGCUCUUGGUAGCAAGACAUCGCUAGAUGAGGUAAAGCGAAUAAUGCUGGAAGUUGAUACCGAUGGCGAUGGUUUCAUUGAUUUGCAAGAGUUUGCUGCUUUUCACUGUCCGGCUGGAGGAGGGGAGAGUGAUAGUAAGGAGCUUCGUGAGGCUUUUGACUUGUACGACAAGGAUAAAAAUGGAAAAAUUACUGCGGCGGAAUUGCAUUCGGUUAUGAAGAGCCUUGGAGAGAAGUGCUCGCUUAAGGAUUGCCGUCGGAUGAUCAGCAAGGUCGACGUCGAUGGCGAUGGAUGCGUCAACUUUGAGGAGUUUAAGAAGAUGAUGAGUAGGACUUGACUUUUCAGAUUUAUUAACUUGUGGCCGAAUCAACGGUAGGUCUACCGAUUUCGGAACUUUGUAGAUACUCUCUGCCUGCCUUUGUUUCUCAUGUUUGACAGAUUUCCCCGGUCCGUUUUGCUGUCAAUUCAAUCUAACUGUAGUAAUUAGGUCUGAAGAAAUUGCGAAGCAGCUAAACUUUUACUUCUAUUCCUAUAUAUAUGAUUUGGAUUAUCGGUCGGUACCAUAUGGAAUUUGAUUACGAUAAUUCCUAAAAGGAAACAAUAAUAUUCUGCAAAAAAUGGAAAUUCGUUCUCCCUAUUA